AUGAAGGAUUUAACGACGAAAAUAAUACUUAUAGCUUUAAUUGCCCUGCCACAAACAAACAGCAUCAAGAAAUGUCCAGUCGAUUGUAAAUGUGAUUUGGAUUUGGCUGGUCGAUAUUCAGCAGUCUGUGAACAAGAUUUAUCAAAAAAUAAUAUAAGACUAAUAAGUGAUGACAAUUUUAAAGGACAGCAAAAUUUACUGGAAUUAAAUUUAUCGAAGAACAAAUUGGAACAAAUCUCCAGUGGAUCAUUCAAAUAUCUAACUGAUUUAAGGACUUUGAAUUUAGCUGAUAACUCCAUCACUGAUCUUACACUCAAAAGCUUUCAAAUGCUUACAAAACUAAGGAGUUUAGAAAUCAGUCGAAAUCCAUUAGAAGAUUUGCAUCCUGAUGUCUUCAAAGACAUUAUUGACCUUAAAAUCCUUAAGUGUCGAGGAUGUCGUCUACAAAACAUCAACCCACAACUCUAUAAUCUUUUGAAUCAACUGACAGAACUAGAUUUGGGAAAUAAUCAGUUCAAAUAUUUUGACAAGGACGAGUUCAAAGACUUAAAGUACUUGAAAAAACUUCACAUCGAUGGGAAUCAACUGUCGGUUAUUAUCGAUAACUUGUUUCAGAGUCAAAAGUCACUCCAGUAUUUAGACAUUUCUCGCAACCGUUUAGCGAAGAUAUCAGCGAAAGCUUUUCUAAAAUUGUUCAAUCUUACUUAUCUGGACAUUUCUUACAAUAAACUAUCAGCAAUCGAGUUGGAUUACAUGUGCCAUUUACCAAAGCUUCAGACGUUUAAUAUCAGCGGAAAUGUUCAAAUGAAUUUAUUGAACAUACGACCGAUUUUUCAAAAUUUGACCGAAUUGCGUGCGUUGUCGAUAGCAGACAUUACCAACAUUCCUUUAGGCAUGUUCGUGCCAUUAAGUAAUCUCCAAAUUCUCAACAUGUCCGGAACGCAUCUUAACAAUGAAACUCUUCAAAUCCUUAAUCCUCUAGCAAAAUUGAAGGAAUUAGACUUAUCAAGAAAUCAAUUGACUGGCUUUGAAGAGGAUUUUGCAAUAAAGCUGUUAAAUAUUGAUGAUGUCAAAGUCGAACAGAACCCUCUUGUCUGCGAUAUGUGUCACAUUGGCUCCAUUUUAAAUCGAAUAUCAUCGAUUAAAUGGAAAAAUAUUCCAAAGUGUUUUCUUCCUGAAUCUUUCCGCGGAAAACCAAUCAAUCGCCUUGUUGGGAUGAAAGUUGAGCUUUGUUUUGACAACUUUAUUGACGAAGGGAAAGAUGCUGCAAGCACUUCAUAUAAUAUUCUUGAUGAAAGUCGCAUUAAUAUUUUGGCAUUCAUGGGUCUUGCAAUUUUUAUUCUGGUUCUUUUAAUUAUCAUUGUUACAAUAACUUUAUGUAUCAAGCAACGAAACAAUUACAACAUGAGGGAAGAGACAAAAGACGUUAGUAACAAUGAGAAAAGUAUCGAAGAAUCGCUGAUAACUACCAACGAAAUAAAUUACAAGAUUCCACUUCAGGACCGAUUCCAAGGGUUUUUCAAAGAUUCUCCAAGGUAACAUCCGUCAAGCUCAACAAAACUGUUAAAAGCUUAAUUGGAAAACUUGUAUCUUAGUCAAUUGUGAUAUAGAAAUGAAAUUUUCUUUCUCGUCACAAUUUAAUCAUUUAGAUAAGUUAAUUUCAUGUUAAUUUAUUUUAUCUGUUGAACUGAAUUGAAAUAUCAUCUUUUGUAAAAUAUAAAAGAAUAAUAAAAAUUUAGAACGAUAAGUAACAACGAAGUGUAAAAAUCUUUUC